AGUUCAGGUGAUGUCAAGAAAGUCAUUGACUUCUAUAAUUGGGGAGCCAAGCAUGGGGAGGGAAACACCCAUGGCAAUCUUGGCAAUGCUUAUUGUGGAAUGAAUGAUUUCAAAACAGCCAUAGAGUACCACAACCUAAAUCUUAAAAUAGCUAAAGAAGUAGGAGACAGGCAUGGUGAGGGUGAUGCUUGUGGCAAUCUUGGCCAUGCUUAUUACUGUUUCAGUGAUUUCAAAAAAGCUAUAGAGUACCACAACCUACAUCUUAAAAUAGCUAAAGAAAUAGGAGACAAGCGUGGGGAGGGUUAUGCUUAUAGCAAUCUUGGCAAUGCUAAUUGGAGACUGGGUGAUUUCAAAAAAGCAAUAGAAUUCUACAACCUAAGUCUUGAAAUACUUAAAGAAGUAGGAGACAAGCGUGGGGAGGGUGGCACUUAUAACAAUCUUGGCAGCGCUUAUAAAAGACUGGGUGAUUUCAAAAAAGCCAUAGAGUACUUCAACCUACAUCUUAAAAUAGCUAAAGAAGUAGGAGACAAGCAAGGGGAGGGUAACGUUUACGGCGAUCUUGGCGAUGCUCAUCACAGUUUAGGUGAUUUCAAAAAAGCCAUAGAGUACAACAACCUAAGUCUUAAAAUGGCUAAAGAAGUAAGAGACAAGCAUGGGGAAGGUGUUGCUUAUAGCGGUCUUGGCAAUGCCCAUUGCAGACUGGGUGAUUUCAAAAAAGCCAUAAAGUUCCUCAUCCUAAGUCAUAAAAUACAUAAAGAAGUAGGAGACAAGCAUGGGGAGGGUAUCGCUUAUGGCAGUCUUGGCGCUGCUCAUAACGGACUGGGUGAUUUCAAAAAAGCCAUAGAGUACCACUACUUAGAUCUAGAAAUAGCUAAAGAAGUAAGAAACAAGUAUGGGGAGGGUAGAGCUUAUGGCAAUCUUGGCAUUGCUUAUAAAAAACUGGGUGAUUUCAAAAAAGCCAUAGAGUACCAGAACCUAAAUCUUAAAAUAGCUAAAGAAGUAGGAUACAAGCAUAGGGAGGGUUGUGCUUAUGGUAAUCUUGGCAAUGUGUAUCGAACUCUGGGAAAUUUGAAAAAGGCCACUGAGUCAUACAAGCUCAUGCUCGAAAUUGCCAAAGAGGUCGAAGACAAAUCCAUGGAGGCAAGUGCCUACUUUUCAUUAGGAUGCGUUUUUGAGUCGCUGGGUCGACUGCCAAAAGCCGUAGAACAUUACCAAGCCAGCAUAACCUUAUUUAAUUCUUUGAGAGUACUUCUAAAAUCUAAAGAUGAAUGGAAAGUUAAUUUUCGAAAUCAGUAUCAAAUGGCGUAUACGGGUUUGUGUAGAGUUCUUGUAAAACAAGGUGAUAUAGAAGAAGCCUUACUUGCUGCUGAGAAAGGACGAGCUGAAGCUCUGAAAAACCUCAUGGAAUCCAGUUUUUGUAGUGGAACAAGUCAGCACAAGAUAGGCGAGGAAGAUUUAGCGGUUUUAAAAAACGUUCCAUCAAACACUGUCUUUCAGGCAGUGGACAGAGCUAACGUCAAUCUUUGGGUUGUGUCCGAAGGGAAACAAGUUCAGUUAAAACAAAGUAAACUCAAAGGCUUUGUUUCAGAGAAUAGUGGAGCUAGCCAAUCCUUUCAGUCGUUCAUGCUCGAUGUCUAUACACAACUUGGUGUUCGUUCUAAUGUGAGAUGCGAGAAUCGAUCUUUGGAUGCUUUGAGGGCGAGCUGUUCAAACGUGGAUGAGAAAACUGAAGAACAAAACCCUCAAGCUCCCAUCGAACAAAACGAAUGCUUGAGCAAUUUGUACGAUACAGUUAUGAAGCCAGUGGCUGAUCUGAUACAAGGGGAUGAGCUACUCAUUAUUCCCGAUGGACCCCUGUGGCUCGUUCCUUACGCUGCACUCAUGGAUGGUAAUUCUAAAUACCUGUGUGAAUCGUUCAGAAUCCGACUCGCUCCUUCGUUAACAAGUCUUAGACUCAUUGCCGAUUGCCCAGAUGAUUAUCACAAAAGAAGUGGUGCGUUACUUGUAGGAGAUCCGUGGGUAGCCGAGGUUAUUAAUAGCAAGGAAGAGAAAGUCUUCGAGCCGCUUCCGUAUGCUAAAGAAGAAGUAGAAAUGAUCGGAAAAAUUCUGAAUACCACGCCAAUCACUGGCAGACAGGCCACGAAACGUGAGGUGUUGAAAAGACUCAGUUCCGUUUCCUUAGUUCACUUUGCGGCACACGGAUGUAUGGAAACAGGCGAAAUUGCUCUUACACCUGACCCAGAACGAAGAUCUAAUGUGCCAACGGAGGAGGAUUACAUUUUAACAAUUGAAGAUGUGUUGAAUGUUCAACUUCGCGCCAAACUUGUUGUACUCAGUUGCUGCCACAGUGGUCGGGGCGAGAUCAAGGCUGAAGGUGUGGUUGGCAUUGCGCGCGCUUUUAUGGGGGCUGGUGCCCGGUCUAUUGUGGUGUCCCUGUGGGCGAUUGAUGACGAGGCUACUCUCGAGUUCAUGAAAUGCUUUUAUCAACACCUUGCUGAAGGAAAAUCUGCAAGCGGGUCACUGAACCUGGCUAUGAGAAGCCUCAGAGAAUCAGCCAAGUUCCGCGACAUCAAAUACUGGGCGCCCUUUUUACUGAUUGGAGAUGACGUCAGUCUUGACUUCAUGGCAAAAGAAAGAUAG